AUGAGUCGUGCUGAGGUUGAUUUGCAGACAAGUGUCAAGAAAGCUUGUAAUAGCGAUGAAGUGCCACCAAAGCGUAAGCAUGUCCGAGCAUGUAUUGUCUACACAUGGGACCACAAGAAUUCACGUGCAUUUUGGAAUGCAGUCAAGAUCCAGCCUUUGCAGAGCUCGGAAAUCCAGUUGUUCAAAGCAUUGAUAAUGAUCCAUAAGGUAUUGCAAGAAGGUCAUCCAAACACACUUAAAGAUGCGUUCCGCAACAGAGACUUUAUCGGGUCCUUGGCAACGGUUUUUCCUAGUCACGGACUGGCAUAUGGAAAAUUGAUAUACCAGUACGACAAGUAUCUUUUGCAGAAAUUGGAUUUCCACCGCAACAAUCCAGGUUUUAAUGGUACUUUUGAGUACGAGGAAUACCUUUCCUUGAGAGCUGUAAAUGAUCCGAACGAAGGUUACGAGUCAAUUUUGCAGUUGAUGGAUCUUCAAGAUCUGAUCAAUGACUUGCAACAACUUAUUUUUGCUACUAUCCACCAAAGCCGCAACAAUUUGUGUAAAGUUAGUGCUUUGGUGCCUUUGAUUUCGGAGUCAUAUGGUAUAUACAAGUUCUGCAUCUCAAUGCUCAGAGCUUUGUAUCAGCAAUUGGGCGAGGAUGAAGCACUCAAGGUAUUGUUUGAUAGGUUUGAAUCGCAGCAUUUCAUGCUUCGUGAUUUCUACACAGAUUGCCAUUCAAUAAAAUUUUUGACAAGCUUGAUAACUAUACCUCGUCUCCCCAAUAGUUCACCCGAUUUAAUGGUCCAAGAGGACGGCCAGCCAGCUCCACGCGCCCGUUCUGUGAGUGAUCUUGGUGAUAAUCACCAGCUUUCGCAAAUAUCGUCUCGUGCCACUCCGAGCCUCGCCGAGGAACCUUUUACUGCGCCACCUGAAUCCGUUGACAAUUUGUACACUGAACGUAAUGACAAUUUGUACCAGCAACAACAAGAGCAAGAGCAACUUCAGCAACAAUUGGAGCUCCAAAGACAACAGCAAUUGCAACAACAGGAGCAGCAGCAGAGAUUGUUUGAACAGCAGCAGCGGGAGCAAGAGCGUAGAUUCAUGGAAGAGCAAAGGGCCCUCCAAAUGCAGCAAACCCAGCAAAACCAAGGUCGUGUAGCGGAGUUGGAGCGUGAUUUGCUCAUGUUCAAGAGCCAAUAUGACAAUGAUCAGCUGCUUUUGCAACAGUACGAUUCAAGAGUGAAAAGUUUGGAGAAUGAGUUAGCUGCCUUCAAUGACACAGCAGCACAACAAGUCAACUCCAAGAGCGAGCAAAUAAAGAAUUUAGAAGACCAAAUCGCAAAUUGGACCAAGAAGUAUGAGUCCCUUGCCAAGCUUUAUUCACAGUUGCGUCAAGAACAUUUGAAUUUGUUGGCCAAGUUCAAAAAAAUUCAACAAAAAAUUAGCAGUGCUCAGGAGUCCAUCUUGAAGAAGGAGAAACUAGAGAAGGAUCUUAAGGCUAAGAAUAUUGAGUUGGCAGAUUUGAUCCGUGAAAGAGACAGAGCUAGACUCGAAUUGGAUAGAGUCAGGGCGGGCAAGGAUCAAGAAAUUGAGAAGCUUGAAACACAAAUAAGAGAACUCAAUGUGUCUGCAUCGGAGUCAGGAAAGUUGCAGAAUAUGAAUCUUAGUUCACUCAUGGCCAAACACGAACGAGAAUUGAGUGACUUGCAACUGCAGCUCAAGGAAAGAAACAACAAGCUCGAGCAAUUGGGCGACUUAAACGGGUUGGAAGCCAAAUUGAGAGAUAAGGAUAUUGAGUUGGAAAUCGCCAACCAAUCUCUUGAAGCAGCAUACCAAGAACUCACCCGGUUCAAGGAAGACCAAGAUGAUAUUGUGAAUGCAGAGAUUGACCACAUUAUCAUGGAGCAUCUAUCCAAAUUCAAGGGGUUGAUUGAUUUAUUUUUGGACAACAAUAUCAAAAGGGUGUUGGACACAAAGCGUCAGCUUACCUUACCGGGCCACACCGGAACUUAUGGUUCAUCUCCCGAACAUUUACUUUCCAUCAUUGAGCAAUGCUCAGACGUGGCAACUGAUUUGGCAUCGACAUUCAACGAAUACAUUGCGGAAAAUAACAACCAAGACGAAGAAGUGUUUUCCAAAAUCAUUUUGAAUACUUCCUCGUUGGCAACUUUUUUGAACGAGUUGGCAUUGAACGCCAAGGCUUUUGCAAAGGGUUCGCCCAGCGCAGACGAAGAGUCUAUAUUGCUGCAAAUGAGCAAUAUUUUGGACGAUGCGGAAAAUUACUAUUCCGGCUUGAAAACUAACGAGUUGGACAAGUUUAAAUCUGACGACGACAAGAUUGACGCUGUCAUUGAUCUCAAUCUCGAGUUGCAAACCUCAAUGAAACUACUAGGAGGACUCUUUGACGAAUUGCGGAGCUCAAGUGCAAUUGAUUUCAAGGGUGGUAACUUAGAGGAUCUUUUGGACAGAGAAUUGAGCCAAACUGUGAAGACUGUUGAUCAUGCAUCACAAUUCUUGACAAACUUAAUGAAAGACGUUACCAUUUACGGCGGAGACGUCAAGGUGCACGAAGCGCUUCUUGCCUGUGCCAAAGCGAUAACAGAUGCAGUUGCCCGUUUGAUAAAAGCUUCGGUGUCUUCACAAAAGGAGAUUGUCGAUAGAGGAAUGGGCAAACAGUCUCGAACGGAGUUUUACAAGAAGAACAACAGAUGGACGGAAGGUCUCAUCAGUGCCGCUAAGGCAGUAGCCGGAGCAACUAACAUCUUGAUCCAUACUUCAGAUGGGGUGUUGAGACAAAAAAACAGCCACGAAGAGUUGAUUGUUGCGUCUAAUGAGGUUGCGGCAUCUACCGCACAACUAGUGGCAGCUUCGAGAGUCAAGGCCGACUUUGUUUCCAAGUCUCAGAACACGUUGGAGGAUGCGUCAACCAGUGUCACCUCAGCAUGCAAAGCUCUCGUCGAACAAGUUAGAAGUUUGUUAAAGAAGGAGGAGGAGGUAGAGACGAUUGACCUCAGCAAACUUACUCCAUAUGAGGGUAAGACAAUUGAAAUGGAGCAACAAGUCCUCAUAUUGAAAUUGGAGAAUAAGCUUCUUUCUGCCAGAAAACGCUUGGGUGAAAUUAGAAGACAUGGUUACAGAGACGAUAACAGCGAUGAUGAGUAA